AAGAAAAUAAAUUCAAUCAACACAAACGUAUUCAUACAGGGGAGAAACCACAUUAAGUGUAGUAUCUGUGGUAAAUCAUUCUUAAGUAGCAGUCACUUAACACGAGACAUACGUAUUCAUUCAGGAGAGAAACCAUUUCCUUGUGAUGUAUGUGGUAAAUCUUUCCCUGAAAACUGUAGCCUAACUCAACACAAACGUAUUCAUACAGGGGAGAAGCCAUAUCACUGUAGUAUCUGUGGUAAAUCAUUCACUAAUGACAGUCACUUAACUCGACAUAUACGUAUCCAUACAGGAGAGAAACCUUAUCCCUGCGAUAUCUGUGGUGAAUCAUUCUCUGUUGGCAGUAGCUUAACUCGUCAUAAACGUAUUCAUACAGGAGAGAAACCAUAUCACUGUGAUUUAUGUGGUAAAUCUUUCUCUGAAAAUGGUAGCUUAACUCAACACAAACGUAUUCAUACAGGGGAGAAACCAUAUUCCUGUGUUAUCUGUGGUGAAUCAUUCUAUCACAGAGGUAACUUUACUACUCACUCAAGGGUUAAUACAAGGGAGAGGCCAUAUCACUGUGAUAUCUGUGAUAAAUCAUUCUCUGUUAGUAGUUGCGUAUUCAUGCAGUGGAGAAAACCUCUCCGUGAUAUCAGUGGCAAAUCAUUCUUUCAAAGAAGUAACUUAACUACUUACACAAGGGUUUAUACAGAGGAGAAACCAAAUCAUUGUGAUCAUCAUCAUCGUUUAGCGUCCGCUUUCCAUGCUGGCAUGGGUUGUAUGGUUCGACUGGGGAUCUGGGAAGCCAGAAGGCUGCACCAGGCUCCAGUCUGAUCUGGCAGUGUUU